UUUCAAAGUCAUCUAAAAACAUAAAAUAAAAUAAAAUCGCGUAAAAUAAUAAGGUGCUGACAGAACAGCUUAUCUUUCAGCCUGGGAAAUCCUUAUUAUCUAUUCUUUAGGUUUAUAUAAGCUUCAAAUGUUUUAUCACGCGUUGCGAACCGGUUUUUAGUCUUUUUCUAACAACCACGAAAUUGUCUCAAAUCCGGGUGCGGGAGACGAAAAAUUACUUUUUGGCUCUUAUCGCCAAAAAUAUUCAUCCAAAUUGCUUCAAACUUUCACAGUAUACUGAGGUCAACCAUACCUAUUACCAGUUUAGUUUUGAGCUAGGGCGCCCAAACAUCAUUUUUCCGAGAAAUCUCGACGAACUCAGACCGCUGGUCUUAAUUACUCGCACUUUUCGUAGAAAAGUGUCGAGUAUUAAAUUCAGUUUUCUUUUUGUUCAUCUUGGUCUAUAAAAUAAAGUACGUCAUCAUGUAACUAUAGCAACGUUUCAACCAAUUACAGAUAACUACAAAAAACAAAGCCGAUCAUCACAAAAACAAAGCCGAUCAUCACAUGGUCGAUCGGCCAUGCAUGACGAGGCUGUCAUAGGAGCCGCCAUAUUGUAGUAUUUCAGUAGGUCGAAGUUAUGGAUAAGCUAUCGCUACCAAGUACGCUCAAAUCACUUACAGAUGCACACACCGUUCGCGGUAGACCCAACCUAAAAGAUGUCGAGCGAUUUCGAAACGGGUCGAACCAUUUGAGAGGCCGCGAACUCAUUGAGAGACUUGUCAAAACUGAGAAACUAAAAAACCAUGCUAAACUAAAAUCAAACAAACUAUUGCCUAUCUCUGCUACUCAAUCAAUUACCUCUGGUCAAUCUGAUGUGAACUAUUGCAGUGCAAAGGACCAUAUUGUUGAAUCUCAAUGCAGUUUUAUUGAGGAACUAAGGAGAUUUGGAGGCCAAUCAAGAACUUCACCAUAUGCAGACUCAAAAAAUACUGUCACCUUGCCAAUGAAGUCGACUUCAACCUUAUUUUCGAAAAGAUCAUGUGGCGAGCUGCCCAGUUGCGACCUAGAGCUGUCACCUGCGCCUAUGCAACCAGUAGCGACAGAACACUUAAACUACUUGGGAUCACCAGUGUUCAAACUCAUAACCGCCAGCAAUCCACAUCCGCAGACCUCCCCACUCAGGCUCAGAUUGUCAUCGGUGGGGGAGGGGUAUGGGGAUGCUCAGUCGCUUAUCAUCUUGCGAAGGAAGGAUGGAAGGACAUUGUACUACUGGAGCAAGGAAGUCUUUCUGGUGGUACGACAUGGCACGCCGCUGGGAUACUGGGAAAGCUGCGGGGGACUGAGGUCGAGACUCGCAUAAGCGACUACGCGGCAACGUGCUACUCACAAUUGGAGAGGGAGACUGGGCAAGAGACUGGUUUCAAGAAAUGCGGUGGGCUGCUUCUUGCUAGAACCAGAGAUCGUUUUACACUCCUGAAAAGGAUGCUUGUGAAAGCUAGGGCAUUUGGUAUAGAACUUGAUUUGAUUUCCCCCGAAGAAGCCAAGGAAAAGUUUCCAUUCAUGAGAGCCGACGAUGUCAAGGGGGCCCUCUGGUUACCAGAUGAGGGCGUCAUCAGCCCGAGUGACCUCUGCAGCUCUUUCGGCAAAGGAGCUACUUUAAACGGGGUUAAAAUUCACCAGAAAACAGCGAUAGCGGAAGUUUUGACGGAUGGAAGGGAUGUGACGGGUGUUCGCACUGACAAAGGGGACAUCUCUUGUCAAAUAUUCGUCAACUGCGCAGGAAUGUGGGCAAGGCAGCUCGGCCUAAAAUGCGCUUCCCCAGUCCACAUUCCGCUCCAUCCAGUUGAGCAUUUUUACAUAAUCACUCAGCCAAUAGGCGCAAGUCACAUGCUCCCCAUGCUACGAGACCCGGAUGGUCACGUGUACUUCCGCGAAUGGGGAGGUGGCAUAUGCGCCGGGGGCCUGGAACCAAUCGCAAAACCUGUUUUUACACAGGGAGUCCCUAGACACUUCGAGUUCCAGCUAUUUCAAGAGGACUGGGACCAAUUUGAGUGCCUUAUGGGAGAAAUUAUCCACAGAAUACCAGAGAUGGAACGGACAGAAAUACGACAAAUGGUAAAUGGACCGGAGAGUUUCACUCCAGACGGGCGUUGUAUCAUGGGAGAAGCCCCCAAUGUUCGCAACUAUUUCGUCGCUGCCGGAGCUUGCACGAACGGAAUCGCGAACGCAGCAGGAGUUGGUCGAUUGCUCUCCGAGUGGAUAACAAAAGGCCGGCCACCCCUCAAUGUGUCAUGCCUCGACAUCAAGCGUUUUUCUCAUCACCAUAACAACCUGUCUUAUCUUCGUGAACGCAUCCGAGGAAUGGUUGGGUACCAGUACUCUAUACCCUACCCCCGAAGGGAGUGUUCUUUUGCGAGGCCACUCAAGUGCCCAGUCCUUUAUACUCUGCUGGAUGAGGCCGGGGCAUCUUGGGGCGAGCGGAUGGGUUGGGAGACGCCAAAUUGGUUCAGGAUUGGUUCAGAAGAUAAUAACUCCAAGACUUUGGGUACAUUCGGCAGGCCGCCAUGGCUCGCUAACGUGGAGCAGGAAUACAGAGCGUGCAAAGAGGGGGUGGGACUAGUGGACUUAACUUCCACAGGAAUUCUUGAGAUCAAGUCGCAAGAUGUGCAUGGGUGCGUGGAUCUGCUACAGAAACUCUGUAUUGACGACGCAGACAUACCAAUCAACGGUGUUCUUCAUACGGCCAUGCUCAACCACGACGGGGGAUUUGAGCUACAGUGCACGCUGGUCCGCACACAUCCAAACAGAUUUCUACUCCUCGCCAAGCCCUCGUACUUAGUCCGAGCGAUCAGCUGGGUAACCAGGCAUGCGGCUGAUGACGUCACCGUUACGGACUUGCAAUCCAAUUGUUCUAUUUUGGGGGUCCUUGGUCCGACGUCACGUGAUUUGAUGCAGCCUUUGACCCAGACCCCUCUUGGUAUCGAGGAGUUUCCUGUUGACACAUGUCAGGUAAUAGACAUUGACUUUGCGUGUGACGUCACGCUGAUUUACUCGUCCCAGCUCGCCGCUUCUAAUGAUGGCUGGUUGCUCCUCGUACCGAAUGACCAAGUAACAACCUUGUACCGAAAACUUAAAAAUUGUGGAGCCCGCGAUGUUGGUUGGUACGCGGUAGAUGCCAUUACAGAAGAGAAAGGCAUGCCGGGAUUGGGAGCGGAAAUUCACCCGUGGAUCACCCCCCUAGAGGCUGGGCUAGACAGCGCCGAUAAGAAACUCGAAUUUUAUGGCAAAGAUGCUCUGGCAAAAAAGCGUGAUAAACCAUUAACAAAGCGUCUGGCGUUUGUUAAGGUUAAACAGAACGACGACGACUAUUUCCCCUGGGGAGGGGAGACGAUUGUACACAACGGUGACGUCAUUGGUAUGGUGACGUCAUCGGUAUACAGCUUCGCGCAAGGUCGACCUGUUUGCUUUGCGCUGGUUGAAAAGGACGGAGAAGAGAUAACCGCUGACUUCCUGCAAGGGAAACGUCUGCAGAUGAACAUUGCUGGUCAGAUGUUUGACGUCGAGGCGGACUUCGUUAAGCACCAGGCCCUGUCGUGAUCCCAAAAAAAAAAACGACCGAAGAAACUACCGAAGAAAACCGAAGGAAAGUAUAGGGGAAGUAAGGGACGGACCAUUAGAAUAGUGAAAGGGGAAACGAACAAAAAAAUAAUACACGAUAAAGCCUCGAAAAGAACGCACGCAGCUCAAACCAGACAGGAAGAAUGCACACAACAAUGAAAACAAUUCAUGAUAAGAACAAAAAAAGCAUGCACGACUGAAACCUUCCCCACACCCCACCCACCUUCACUUUUCUAAUGGUCGGUCCCUAAGAGAGUUUACCCGCGUGUGAAAAUCCACGCUAAGGAGAUACAAGCCGAGAAGAAGAAAGAAAAUCGUAUUAUUCCUUCUACGCUUGUCUCCUUCGUACUGGCUUCCACAUGCGCACGAAGUGCUUACGUCCUCGCUUCGUUUGUUAGGUUAGAGAGGCCUUAAGGCUCUUUGACGUGGAGACGCAAUUUUUAAAGCAUCUCACACCUUGUCGUGAUUCUAUAUGGGUCAUUGAUGCAGGGCCGUAGCAGGCCUCGAAAUAUUGGGGGGCACAAUACAGAAACAUUAAGGAAAUAUUGGGGGGCACAAUACAGAAACAUUAAGGAAAUAUUGGGGGGCACAAUACAGAAACAUUAAGAAAAUAUUUGGGGGGCACAGCCAUGCCCCCCCUACUGGUCAUAUCCUUAUAAUUUAUCAAAGUAUUGGGGGGGAGACGUGCCCCAGUGCCCCACCCCCUGCUACGGCCCUGUAAUGGCAGCGUUCUAGUAGCACGAUAUAAAGGGGCCUAUUAUCUCAGUUGCGCAUAAAGCUACCCGUGGGCCAAAGGGGCGGUUCCAAGACCUAUAGGAUAAGAACAAGCACCUAGAGUACCCACCUUUAAACCUUUUUCAUAAAAGGUUGUCCAUGAGAAACAGCAAAUGGCGUAUGGCAAAUGGCAGUUUGAUCGUGAUGAAACAUGAGUCUCAUUGAAUUUCUACCAAAUGCUAGAGAAUAUGGAUAAAUCAUACAAUUGACAUUGCUGGACUUUAUUUAGGCUCGGUUUCCAGCCGUUGUUUCGUCGCGCUCUGCUCCUCCACUGACGGCUGGGCGCACGGUCGAGGCACCAUGUCCGUGACGUCACAUCGUUUAAGCAAACAUGUUUCUGAACGACGGACGACCGGAAGUUUUUAAAUGUUUUCGGUCUUUGUAAAGUUUUUGCUCCAACCCAAUGAACGGAGACGUUUCUGUUAUACCACGCAGUCUUACAUUUUGAACCUGCUAGCCAUGCGAUAGCGUGAAACAAAAAAUUCGUCUACUUCCGGUUGCAGUUCGUCGCCCAGAAACGUGUUUGUUUGUUCCCUAAUUAUUUUUCAGGUUUUCCAGCGUUCCCGCCAACUCAGAGGCGCGCGCGCGCGUAAGUUUGUUUAUGGCGCGAAAAAAAAUGUUUCAAAUAAAGUGACUGUUACAGAAAAACAAUAUUCUUCGGGAGAAAAACGUGUCCCAGGUAAAAAGGGAAUUGCAAAAAAAGUCAAAAUAGAUGAACCACCAAACUAUUAAGUAAAUAUUGCUUGGAGUUUGAAGUCAGUUUUUCAAACUAUUUUCUGCGCGCGCGCUGACGUGCACUAGAAUGAUGCUAUGAGCGUCAUUCUAGUGCCUUCAUUGAGUUUUGAAAACCUCGGUGUUUGUUUGAAGAAUUCUCGAGCAGAUGUAAAGCACUCGGCCUGCCAUUUUAACUCUUGUUGUGAUAAUUAUUCUACUGUAUUUACCGAUGGACUUUCAAGUGGUAAGUUUCUGAUUGGCUAAUAGACAAAGCCUCGUACCCUGCGCCCAGCCGUGAAAUGGGAGAGAAUCGCGGGCGCACCGAAACCACCACAGCUGGAAACCGAGCCUAGACUUUAUAAGCACCUUUAUUUUUACUAAUUUUUAGUACCCAUAAGCACCUCGGGCUUGGAACUGGAAUUUGCCAUUUGCACUGACAACCUUUUUUUUGGAAUAGGUGUAUACUAUGUAACUUCAGUCUUACCGUAUACGCGUUGGCUAAUAUAUGCAGCUAGGCGCUUCAGUGGUUUUUACCCAUGCUUACAUGCAGGCUUGCCGCGGAGUCGCGAAGCCGGUUGACGACAACCUUUUGUCAAUCGACUGUAAACGCUUCCGGCGAAGGGUGAGGAGGGGUGGGGGUGUUUCCUGAAUCCGCCAUCAUAUAUUAUAUAUUUUCAUAUAUUUUAAUAUCCAAUUAGAUGUCCAAGACCCAAUGUAUAUCACUGAUGAUAGUAAGCAUCUUAUUUACAACAUGUAUAGUAUAACGUUUAAGACUUAGAUAACAUUUUAAUGAAUAACCUAUUUUAUAAUACAAUAAAUGCAUUUUUAAGUGA